AUGAAGAAGAUGGUAUCCGACGGCUAUCCAUUGUGCGAUAUCGACAAUAGUGCAACCCCACGGCUUCCCUUCGUGUACAACCUUACCAUCUUCUACUCGGAGGCCGAUCUGCGAGGAGAUGAGGAGGCCCUCAUGGUGGCCACAUCCAUCCUCAUGUUCGCCCUCGCCGUGCUCUUCUUCAUCCUCAACCUCUUCAGCCGUUUCUCCGAUGGUAGCGCCAACCUCAACCCAAGCAUCCGCAUAUUCCUCUCCUCCAUGCUCUCGCUCUUCCUCCCCGCCACGUCGUACCUCUUCUCGGAGGCCAAGAACCAGAGCAAGGCUGGACAUCUGGAAGACCUGUCGAUCCGCGCCCGGACCAUCCUCAUGUGGAUGCUCCUGGUGGAGCUGCUCCGCAAGAAGGUGGAGUCCAUCCUGCUCACCGCAGGCAUACAGGUGUAUUCGCACACCGUCGAGCGCGGUGCCCGGGUUGUCUGGCUGGGCAGCCUCAUCUUCUUCAACUUGAAGAGCACUGGCAAGAAGGCCCUGUAUGGCAUCCUGUGGGUGCUUGCGGCUGCCAAGCUGGUCCAGAGGUUCGCGAUCAUAGAGCUGGCAAAGCGCUCCUUCGCCUACCGCAAGAACCCCAGGCUGCUCAGCGCAUACAUGGCCGAGAUGCUAAAGCUUCCUGCAGAUCAUCAUCGUCAUCUCCACCAGAAAGCAGCAGAUGAGCAGUGCUCGCCGAGAAGCGAUGAUGGCGGAGGACAGCCUCGGUGGUCCGACGCUCUGAGGUCCUGCAACUAUGCCGUGAUGGGCGAAGAAGACCUCAAGAGGGAGCCUGGGCCCCAUGGCUACAAGCUCGUGCUAGUGAAGCCGACACCGACAGAAGGGGUAGCAGCCGCCGACAGCGACGACGACUCGACGUCAUACUCAUACAUUGAGGAUGUGGGACCCAAGGUUGAAGAGACUCUGCCUCUCCUUUGCGCUCUACAAGUUGCUACGCCGGAGAUUGGAGGAUCUCCCAUCACCCACCUGGAGGCCUCCAACUGCCACGACCUCAUCUUCAACGGCCUUCUGGUAGAAAAAGGAGGACGGCGAGGAGAACGCGAUGCGGCUGUCGCCGUGAUCCAAGUGUUCAGUGACGAAAUCCAGUUCCUCUGCGAGUACUACCACUCCAUCCAUCCCGUGGUGGUGGCCAGCCCCUUCUUCUUCGUGCACAACUACAUCCUGUUCCCCAUCAUUGUCCUGGCGCUGUGCCUACUCAUGCUAACUCUGUGCAGCAACGGGGACGUGCACUACGCCUUCCACAGCUUCACCAACGACAACUACGUCAUGUCGACUGGCAUACUGAAGAUGGCCGGGUGCAUCCUCCGCCGUGCUUCGCGGUCCGCCCCGUAUCUCUUCUGCAGCAUCGACAUAUCCAUCACCUUCCUGCUACUCCUCACCUUAGCCUACGAGGAGGUCUGGGAGGUCAUCGUCUUCCUCCUCUCCAACUGGUUCAUGGUGUCGCUGCUCUGCAGCCACACCUCCUCGGCCACGUGGCGCACGCACCGGGUGCUGAGAAGGGUCAUCCCCGCCAUCAUCGCCGCGAGGAACACGAUGAUGAACCAACACAAUGUCCGCAUCAAGCAGCUGUCUGUGCUGUGGUUCAGCCGGCCGCCGCUGCCAUGGUUGCCGCUGCCGCUGUCUACCACUGGCAUGGCAGUUGUUCCCAUGGAAGCAAAGAAGUUGAUCGUGGAACGCCUAGCCAGAGCCAGCUACCAUGCCCACCCUCUCAGCAACGGCAUGCCUGUUGUACUGUCGGGCGAGCACCGCGAGCUCUCGUGGGCGUGUGACAGCUCCGGUGGCGUUGCCGAGGUCAUUCUCGUCUGGCACAUCGCCACUUCGCUGCUGGAGGCGAGGUGCCCGGGGCAGAAGGGCACACAGCCGGAACCCGGGCGCGCCGCGGCCACGGCGCUGUCCCGGUACUGCGCCUACCUGGUGGCCUUCCAUCCGAAGCUCCUCCCGGACGACAAGGACGGCACGAAGUUCCUGUACGCCGGCGUGAAGAGGGAUCUGAGGAAGCUGAUGGGGUGGUGCGCUUACUACUGCUCCAGGGAGGUGGACGUGUCCAACAAGCUGUUGGACAUUGCCGUGCAGCAGCAGCCACAGCAGGGGACGAGCAAGGUGAUAUGCAAGGGAGCCAGGCUGGGGAAGGCUCUGAUCGACAAGUACAAAGACGGCGCGCGCGAGAGCGUGUGGAAGCUGCUGGGAGACCUCUGGACGGAGGUGGCGACCUACGCGGCGCCGGCGAGCGGCGAGAUGCACGUCAAGGCACAUAAGGAGGCGCUGGUGGGGGGCGGCGAGUUCAUCACCGUGCUCUGGGCAAUAGCCACCCACACCGGCAUAACCCGGCAGGAAGAUUCGGUGGAGCCGCCGCCUCCAUCCGCUUCCGUUUCCUGUCGUGUUUAA